UCAGUUUAUAUGCAACCACCACUUCUCUAUAUAUUUGUGUUCUGUGUCUAUUAGUUUGUAUGCAACCACUAAGAACUAGUAAACGGCCCCUGAACUAAAAAGUGAUUUCAGAAAAUAUCUAAUUAAAUUUUGGAGUAGCAAUGUUGACAAAAGAGGAGUAUCCAGUUGAGCCCUAUUUAUCAAGUAUUUUUUCUAUAAGGUUUAAUUUUGGAGUACCCUUAGAAGAUAUAUUACCACCUAAUGAUAUACACCCCCGAUUAAAAAUCCUAUUUCAGAAAACAUUUAUGGCUUGUAUAUCGCAUGGAUUUGAUAUUGAACAUAUUUUAAGAUAUGAUCAGGGAACCCUUAAAGAAAAACUUCAACUUAAGGACAAGCUUAUAUCUUCCCUAGAUUAUCGGAUAACUGAAAAUUAUACUCCAGGAUCAUACUUUUGGGUUCUAAGGCAUUUUUUUGGUCUUUUACCUGUUCCCGUAUGUCCAAAAUAUACAAAAGGUGCAAAAUUUGAAUGGGCUAGCUUAGCAGAAGAAUGCAAAUACCUGUUAAAAAACCACGAUAAGAACAAAAAAGGCCUUUUGGACUAUGAUAUUGCACAGAAUAUCAACAUGUUACCUAUUGAGAAUGGCAAUAUGCUGAGUAUUAUGGUAAAAUUCUUAAGAAAAUUAUCUGUUAAAAAAACAACAUUCAAAGAAAAGCAGAAAUAUGAUAGAAUGACAUUAAAACUUAUAUGUGAAUAUUUUAGUCCAUGCAUGUUCGAUAGACCUUUUAGGCCAGGGGGAUCUCAAAGAUGUGAAUAUAAACCCUUAUUACUGUACCUAAUACUAAGAUGGGAUUGCAUUUCACAGUAUUGCCAUAAUAUUCGACAAUCUACACAUAUCUUAAACGAGGAAUUCAUAAAUUACUUAAAGCUUCCAAAUAUGACUAAUAUGAAUCUUGGUUUCCAACUUGCCGAUGCAUUUUUCAAGCCUGAAACGAUUAGGAUUUAUAAAAACAUUCCCUUUUUGAUCAAUGCUUGCAAUAAAUAUUUGAGAGAUAGUGGCUGUCAGACAGAAUGCGAUCUAAAUGGAAAUAUCGCGGAAAAUUGUAAACGUAAAGACGUUUUAGAUGAAGAUAACACGAAAAAUAAUGCAAAAAAGAAUGAACAAAUUGGAAGCUGUGAAAAUGACAUGUUUGAAACUGCUACUGAAUUUGUUUUUACGAGUAAUUUAGUUCUCGAAAAGAACGAGAGCUGGAGUCAGGUUAUUACAAGUACUCAAGCAAUGGUUAAAAGAAUUGAAGAAUCUUUUAUUUAUGACGAUUAUGAUACUUUGAAAGUGAAUGAUUUUAAUCAAGUUGCUAAGUGUCGAAGUAGUAUUUUUAGAGAAUAUUGGCCAAAAAUAAGGAAUUCAAAGCUUCGCAUUUUAUCAAAAAAACGAAUCCUGCAAUCAAGCACUCCAAAACGAAAACCCUCAGAUAUCGAGAAUAGUUAUGUAAAGUUCCAAGAUAUAUUUGUUAGUGAUCAUGACGCCAAUGAGUGCAGCUUGGAAAAAUAUCUUGAUAUGGAUGAAUUAAAAAUAGUGGCUAAUCAAAAUAAUAUUUCUGAAGCACAAAAUGUUUUCGAUGACAAUAGUUCAUCAAUAAGUCAGAGGAGUCUUCAAGAUAAAGUUAAAACCAAAAAGAGUUACCAGUAUGUUUUGAAUAGGCUCAGAGCAAGUCUGAAAUAUUUAAGAAAUAAUACUCCGAAAAACAACCCAUUGAAAAUGGGUGAGAGCAAAAUAAAAUAUAGACGGAUGAAGAAUGCUUUUGGCUAGAAACAAACUGUAUAAUUGAAGUAAUAUUAAUUUAAUUAAAACAUCUUGUAUUUUACUCAAAUAAAUUAUUUUUGCAGAAA